UCAAAGUGUUGGGUGCGUUCCAGUGCUGCCUAUAGAGCCUUUCCUAAUGCGGGGGUUUCAAGGUCUGAGUAUUCACUCGUGGUGUGACGGCGCAGCUAGGGUGGGGCCGGGGGUGGGGGGGUAGUGCUCCUGCAAGGAGCUCUGGGUGGCUGGACUUUGACUCGGAGCCUUAUUGUCCCAUCCCCGUGCGGCCAGGGAAGGGGGGAUAGCGGAGGGCUGAUCCCAGCAGCCCCCAGCCGUGCUCCGGCGCCAGGGGGAACGGGCCUGGCCUGAGCCAAGCGGUGUCUCCAGCGCAGGGGCCGCUCCCCUUGUGUCAGCGGGGCAGGUCGGCGUUUAGCUGUAGGCGAGGGAGGCUUGUCUGAGCUGGAAACUUCCGGCGCGUCCCUGGCUCCAUCGCGGGAGAGGCGGGAUUAAACCGGGCUUCAGCGGCCGCAGCUCUCCCUGCUUUGCGGUGCAGCCGCACCGACUCUCGGCCGACUCCGGGCAGCGCCCUCCCGCGCCAGCGGCGGCAUGUCCAGUGGCGGGCGGCUCGCGGGCCAGGUGUGCCUGGUGACCGGCGCCUCGCGGGGCCUAGGGAAGGGCAUCGCGCUGCAGCUGUCGGAGGCGGGCGCCACCGUGUACAUCACGGCCCGGCACCGGGAGCAGCUGCUCCGGGCGGCGGAGGAGGUGUCGGCCCGGGGCGGGCGCUGCGUGCCCGUGGUGUGCGACUCGUCGCGGGAGGAGGAGGUGGCGGCGCUGUUCGAGCGGCUGCAGCAGGCGGAGGGCGGGCGGCUGGACGUGCUGGUAGCCAACGCCUUCUCCGGGGUGGAUGCCAUCGGCGCCCAGCGGGGGCUGCCCUUCUGGGAGAGCCCGGCCACCCUCUGGGACCUGAUCAACAAUGCAGGUCUGCGGGGCCACUACCUCUGUGCCCGUUACGCCGCCCGCCUCAUGGUGCCGGCCGGGCACGGCCUCAUCGUCUUCAUCUCCUCGCCCGGCGGUCUGCGCUACAUGUUCAACGUGCCCUAUGGUGUGGGCAAGGCCGCCUGUGACCGCCUGGCUGCUGACUGUGCCGUCGAGCUGCGCCCCUACAGCGUGGCCUGCGUGACACUGUGGCCAGGCCUUGUCCGCACUGAGGCGGUGCUGAAGGAAGCCGAGGGCUCAGGCUCGUGGGAUGUGCUGCUGCAGAAGAUGAUUGGCAAUUCGGAGAGCCCCGAAGUGAGUGGCAAGUGCGUAGUGGGCCUGGCGUCCGAUCCCGCCAUCAUGUGCCUCAGCGGCAAGGUGGUGCUCACCCCAGACCUCGCCCGCCGCUACCGCUUCCGUGAUGUGGAUGGGAAACCCGUCUACAACUACGUAUCGGUGCGCAAUAUUCUCAUGAUGCUGAUGCCAGGGCUGACCUGCCUCUUCCGCCUCAUCCCAGAGUGCGUCAGCAUACCCAAAUGGGCUCUCGCACUUUACUCCAGCAAAUUCAGUGUCUACCCACCCCUGCAACCAGCCCUCAAACCUGGAAAAAAUGUUUGAUAAAUUCAUAAUAAAAAAUGUGCCCAUGAUGGUUUUUAA